AUGGAGGAGGGUGACGUCGAGAUGCCGGAGGCAGACGGCGGAUCUGGCCUCGAGCUGGAUGAUAUGAAGAAGAGGCUUAAAGAGAUGGAGGACGAAGCGGCCGCUCUUCGUGAAAUGCAGUCUAAAGUUGAGCAAGAAAUGGGCGCCGUACAAGAUCCUGCUGCUGCUGCAGCUAAUCAGGCAAAUAGAGAAGAAGUGGAUUCUCGCUCAAUCUUUGUUGGCAAUGUGGAUUAUUCAUGUACCCCAGAGGAAGUGCAGCAGCAUUUCCAGUCAUGUGGGACUGUUAAUAGAGUAACUAUUCGGACUAACAAGUAUGGGCAACCAAAGGGGUAUGCAUAUGUCGAGUUUCUUGAGGCAGAAGCUGUUGAACAGGCUAUUCUUCUGAAUGAAUCUGAACUUCAUGGUCGCCAAUUGAAGGUGUCAGCCAAGAGGACCAACGUUCCUGGCAUGAAGCAAUUUCGCCCACGGCGUGCCAACCCCCACAUGGGUUAUCGCUCUAGGACACCAUACAUUCCUGCUCCAAUUUUCUAUUCUCCUUAUGGAUACGGGAAGGUUCCCAGGUUCAGAAUGCCCAUGCGAUACAGCCCAUACUUCUAA